CUUUUUCUUUGUCUCACUUUGCCAUUCUUGUCCGCUUUCAGCUCUUAUUCCAUCUGUUCCGUUCCUAGUUAGUACUUCUUCAACCACACAGUAAAAGAAAAAAAAAAAGAAUAUAGAGAAAAUAAAGACGAAAGGAAGAGCGUAUGUCAUCGAUAACAGAAGCCACUAAGCGCACAACCCGGACAGCAUUCAUGAAAGACACAAAUUCAGAAAUGGAGUCCGUUACCGAAGCCACUACCACUACUAAAAUCCCUAGAAGCCGCAUCGAUUUUAGCGAUAAGGCCAACACUAUCAAGCAUAUUGAAGAGAUACCCAAGAUCAAUACCAAGGCCGACUUUUCAGUACUAUAUGAGCCAUGGUCCAUCCAUAACUUUUAUAAAAAAAUAGAUUGGGUUCAUGUGCUGCCGUUAAUAUUCAUGCCAAUCUAUGGGUUCUAUACGGCAUUGACGUCCGUACCAUUGCAGCAAAAGACGGCCAUCUUUGCUGUUGGUUAUUUCGUAUUCACAGGCUUGGGAAUAACUGCAGGAUAUCAUCGUUUAUGGUCCCAUCGCUCCUACGCUGCUUCACCCUUGCUACAAUUUACUCUUAUGAUUGCGUCCACAGGAGCUAUGCAAGGCUCCAUCCUUUGGUGGUGUCGUAACCAUCGUGCACAUCAUCGAUAUACAGAUACGGACAAGGAUCCCUAUGGAGUGAAGAAGGGUUUAAUCUGGUCACAUAUUAUAUGGAUGUUGAUUUAUCAGGAUCCUGCUGCUGUGGGAUGGGCAGAUAUCUCCGAUCUGAAGGCUGAUAAGUUGGUCAUGUUCCAGCACAAUCACUUCCCCUGGCUCGCGCCAAUGAUUUCCUUGGGUGUCCCAACCGUGGUUGCUGGAUUAGGAUGGGGUGAUUACUGGGGUGGUUUUAUCUAUGGUGGCAUUAUACGCCAAUUCAUAGUCCAUCAAAGCACCUUCUGUGUCAACUCGCUCGCUCAUUGGCUCGGCGACAUGCCAUUUGAUGAUCGCCGUACUCCACGCGACCACCUGUUUACAGCAUUGUUAACACUGGGUGAAGGCUACCAUAACUUUCAUCAUGAGUUCCCUCAGGAUUAUAGAAAUGCUAUCAAGAUCUAUCAGUACGAUCCUACAAAGUGGCUAAUCGCCUUUUGCUCAUUCAUUGGUCUUGCUCGGGACUUGAAACGCUUCCCUUCUAAUGAGAUCAAGAAAGGUCAACUCAAAAUGCAGCAAAAGAAGCUCGACAAGGUGAAAUCGACAUUGAUCUGGGGUACACCGAUUGAUCAGCUUCCUAUCUUCUCGUUUGACGAGUUCCAUGACAUGGCUAACAAAGAAGGUCGGGCUGUCACCUUGAUCGAGGGCAUCAUCUAUGAUAUCUCGAGCUUCAUAGACGAACAUCCAGGUGGGCGAAGCUUGAUCCGUAGUGCCAUUGGUAAGGAUGCUACAACAUCAUUCAAUGGCGGUGUAUACGAUCAUUCAAGCGCAGCACGACAUUUGUUGGAGCGGAUGCGGGUAGGUGUAGUUGCUGGUGGUGGUUAUGUAGAGCAUCGAUGCAAAGGCACGAUUAUUUCUCAUGCAUUAAAGCAAUAAAUAAAUAAAGAUCCCACGCAUCUAUUGUCAG